UUCCUCCAAUGAAAUGUAAGGAUUCCAAAGGUAGGGAUUUUUGUAUCUUUUAUUCACUGAUAUAUCCCAAGCACCUUGGCCCAUAGUAGAUGCUCAAUAAAUAUUGACUACGUGAAUGAACCUGAAACCACUAUUCUGAGACCACCUACUACUUACAGGUGAAACCUGAUAACAAGAACACUGUUCAUCUCAGUUUUCCAGGCCUUCCCAUCCACAGAUAGUGAUGCUUCUCUUCCUCAGUGUCUCAGUUCUUCUGAGUCUCCCAUGCCAAGCUCACUGGAGCCGCCGGAGCAGCACGGACCCAAGCUCUCCACACAACUGUAACUGCCACAAGGAACGGGGAAUACACAGUAGAGGAAGGUCUAGGCUGGCUGUACAGCACACCACCACCAAUAGCAUUUUCAAAUUAGGACACUAAGCGUUGCAAAUUUUAAUAAAGUAGUAAGGGAAAGAGUGAAGGGUGACAGGUGUUGGGCGCCAUCUCCAGGUAAAGCCAGAUGACCUUGCUUGACACUGGAACGGGAGGGACCCAGAGGGAUGAAUCAUUGUAGAAUAGCUGAGGUGGGAUGGUGCUGCGCCUUGUGACUCUGGUGAUUGGUCCACUUCCCUGUCUCCUCCAUCUCCUCCAAAAGCUCAGCAGUAAGUCCUGAUGACAGGAAGUAACUUUCUAGGCUAUUCCAUCUUUAUCUCGGAUCAGAAAAAGCAAUCCUUACCACCACAGUGAUUGGCUCUUCCCAGAAUCAGAACCAGAGGUGUAUAUAGGAGAUGAUAAAUGACAGCUCUCAUUCGGGGUUGACACCUGAGUCAGGUGCAUUACUAGUCAUUAGAACCAUGUGGCUAGGGACCAGGUCUAGCCUUUGAGUGUGAGGAUUCAGGCUUCAGGCAUCCUCACUGCUGAAGAUGUUUAGGCAGAUGUACCAGCUCCACAGAUAUCCACUUACUUGGGACACGUAAGUGAAGAGGCAUGAACCUGAUUCAUUUCCUGAUCCACCGCUACUCCCCAGCCUGCCCCCAAACAGAAGCACCACAAGCCAGGCCAGCUCUUAAGGAGUUCGGUGGUGAGAAGAGGCCCUCAGAGAUCUGAGGCCCAGCGGAAGGCAGGUGCGUCCCGGUGAGCAGAAGCCACAACACGAGGAUUUGGGGAGGAGAGACCCCAGCCCUCCCUUCUGACUGUUCCCCCUAAGAGAGAUGGUACCAGCCAGAGCAGGAUUCUGCCCUCUGCUGCUGUUCCUGCUGCUGGGCCUGUGGAUGGCCGACGACCCAGUCGGUGCCAAGCCCAGAAACAUGACCUCAGCUCGGUGGUUUGAAACUCAGCACGUGCAGCCCAGGCCUCAGAGAUGCAACACGACAAUGCAAAACAUCAACAAGUACUCCAAUCGCUGCAAAGACCUCAACACCUUCGUGCAUGAAUCCUUCUCCGGUGUGGCCGCCAUUUGUCAGACGCCCAGCAUAACCUGCAAGAGAGGCCGUAAAAACUGCCACCGGAGCCAGAAGCCUGUAACCCUGACCAUGUGUAACCUCACCUCAGGGAGGUACCCAGACUGCAGGUACAAGGAGAAGCAACUGAAUGCUACUUACAUCGUGGCCUGUGACCCUCCCCAGGAGGGGGACUCUAGCAAAUUCAAGCUGGUUCCUGUCCACCUGGACGAUGUCCUUUAGGUUUCCAGCCAGCCGCGUGCUUGGGCCGCUCCUUAAAUCCCUCUGCAGGCCUCUGGACCACUCCUCCUCAGCCCAGAAGGUUCUCUCUGACAUCUCUUGGGGCCCUUCCUAGCUCAGGCUCCUCUGAGAGGGUGGGACUGUGGGGAGUUGAGGUGAUACAUGAGUAGGCUAAACUCCAGAAGAGAUGGCGAUCUCUCAACUUUUCAUUGCUGUUUUUUCAUUAGCUUAGGGGUGUGGGUUCCUUGGUCUGUGCCUCCUACAUCUUUCCCCUACCCCAUCUUCUCACGGCAGCAUGACGAGAGGAGGAAAGAAAUGGAAAAGGAGUGUAGGGGAUUUAUGGCGAGAGCCACUCCUAUUCCUAAAUUAGGCCUCUUCCCCAGCUCUGAUUGGCAGUGACGUGGCUUGUGGGCAGGGAGGUGGCCUGAAGGGAAGAAGACAAAGCAGCACCACUUCAUAUUUACAUAGCAUUUCACGCUUUUCACAGUGUGUCCACGUGACUCCCUUGUGAGAUAGACAUGACUAGGAUUACUCAUCUUCUUUAGGGAUGAGGACGUUGAGAUUGCAGAAGGAGUUGUUAAUUAAAGAGCUUGUCAGCUUGGUUAGUAGCAGCAGCUGGACUUUAAAGUAGAAAGCGCACUUUCUACUUUACCGCUGGGUGGAAAAGGAGAGUCCUCUGCAGGGACCACAGGGGAACCAGGUAAGAUCUCCCCCGUGAAACAAUGUCCCGAGAGCUCUGAAGAGCCAGUUGCCCCAUGUUGGCUGCAGUAAAGGUCAUUACCGCUCUAGCCAAGGGACUGUUUAUGAGCUGCUCCAAGGAUCCUAAUUCUCUCUCUCUCUCUGCCCCACCCCACCUCUCUGCCGUCCCCCUUCUCUAGUCCACUGCUCUUUCUUCCGGGGCCCUGGGCCUGGCUCUAGCUUGAUUGCCUAUAGCCCUGAAGGCACAGUGUCAGGGGAGUGUCCCAACUUCAUCCCCCUGCUCCGGGAUCACAUUUCCCUUGACCUCAAGGGACUUCGUGGCCCAGUGCCCGCUUGUCACAAACAAGCUGGUGGGAGCUGCCAGAGCUUCCUUCCUCCCGAUAAAUGAUCUCUCCUGCCUUGGUGCUUCCCUGGCUCUCUGCUCUGGCAAUCCGCCCAGGCCAGAGGGGUUGAGAUGUGGAAAUGCCAUCUCCCCGUCCUCCCCCCCACCCCUCCAAACCCCGGCUGCAGACACCACUUCUCCCUUCCUGGUGAGCAGAACUGGAGAAGCUAUGGCUUUAUGUAGACUCGGUCCUGAUAGCUUCCCACUCCUAGCCCACACCCAGCAUUGCCUGCAGCCUUGACCAUCUCCAGCCCUUUCUCUCUUCCUUAAUCUCAGUCCCAGACAAACUGCACUAAGCCCCAUGCCCGCCCCACGCCCACCCUACUUGAGCACCCAAAUACUACCUUGUUAGACCUUCCCUUCCCAGCUGUGGAGUCUACUCUCUACCUAUCCCUCUCCCACACUCCAGCGCUCCCUUAUGCCUUACCAGAGUCAGAGUAAGCUUUGGAGCCAGAUACCAUUGGGUGUAAAUCUUGGCUCAGUCCUUUGUGGCUACAUGACCUCAAGAAAACUGCACCUCUUUGCAACUAUGUUUCCAUGUAUGGGAGUAAUACUACCUACCCAACAGGAUUUCAGGAAGAUUUAGAAAUGACAUUUAUGAGGCCUUAGUCAAGCCCAGGCACUGAUAAGCAUUCAAUAAUGAUAGUUAGCUGUAGGUAACAGUAGCAAUAGCCCUGUCCAGUCAUAUUCACCUUUGGCAAACACGCAGAUACCCCUUUGGCAAAUACCCCAUUCAAUUCUCCUUGAGGUCUUUCUUCUGCUAGAAUGAUGUUUAUGAGUAGGCUGGAGAAUAAGUCUGCAGGCAGAGUCCUGCUAGGUGGGCUGGGUGGUUUGAGAUGGUGAGGAGAGAAGGUAGGGAAGGGAUGAUGAAAAGAAAGGGGAGCAGAGCAUUGAACAAUUCAAUUCAAGCAGAGUGAGUGGCCAAUACGUUGAUGAGUCUUGAAAGUAGAGGGACAAUAAAUAUACUUUAUAGUCAAAUGCCAAA